CAAACAUGCGGCAUUUAUCCCCAUAUGGGGCAUAUAUCCUCACAACAUGGGGCAAAUAUCCCAUAAAAAGGGCAUAUAUCCCAAUUGUAAAUAAUUUAAAAAAAUUCAUUUUACUCAAUAAAAUGAUAACAUAUUGCAACGAUGAUUUUUAUUUUAGUUUGAAAUGUCUUUGUGAAUUAAUUGAUAAUUUUCAUAAACAGUUACUGCUAUCACAGAAAUUUAAAAAUCAUUUGAAGGUUAGGUAGGGCAUAUAUCCCACAUUUACCCUAGAUGAAAUUGCUCAUUUAUCUCCCCCACUCCGGCUAGAGCCGUCCAAUCAACUUCAACCACGACGGUUUCCCCCACCAAGUCUCAACUAUAUUCUUUGCUGCCAGAAGAGUUUCACCUCUGGUGUGGUCGACAUGAAGAUGCCACUUACGAAAAUAUGCAAAAGUAGAGCCCAAAAACUCAAUUGACACGGUCCCAUUCCGGAAAACGAUCAUAUUAAUAAAAAAUUCUUAGCAGACAUUAAGUUAUGCUUGAUUUCUAAUAGGUGGGCAUAAUGAUGGGUAUUACGUCAAUUUCCUUUUUAUUUGUCAAAAUUAAACUUCAGUACAUUUGUAGGUGUAAGUACACCUGCCAUACACUUUCAGUUUCAUUGCCACACAAUUACAGAAAUAUCACAAACUUAGGACAUCUUGUUGCGAAACGUUGUUUUCACUUCUUAUCUGUGGUGAGGUAACGUGUAUAAAAAAAAUACAAUUCUGUGGAAUCACGAAUCAUGCCGCAGUCGAAAUCUUAGCUCCUAACAGUCAGAAGCCGUUUGGCGUCUCAGUUGUACAAGAUGUCAAUCGCUUUUGUAAAGUUCUGGGCAAGCGUGUUGACUCUAGUUAUGUCAACCUUUGAAAAAAUAGUUGCACAAGAAAAUUUAUUGGAUCUUGCUCGCGAUUUCCGUUUCUUUAAAGGAAACAAGAUUGAUAUUGAAGAAAAUAAUAUCACAGUUAUAACAUGUAACUGUCCGACGUUAAACUUUCAUUUCAUCCUCAAAAAUGGUUAUGUUAAACGCUACAUCUCCAGCAGCACAACUCAUGAAUGUUAUACAUACGAAAUUGGGUCCACUUCCGAAAAAAUGCAAGUAGUCCACAAUGGGGAAGUAGUCGCAACAGCAGAGGAUAGUUUGGAGAUAAUGAUCCUUAAAUGUUCUUCAAAACAUGCUUCAUGGAAAAUUUUACGGACCUGCUGGGAAGGUUUCGAAUCGCAUCCUUGUCGUAUCGAUUGCCGUCAUCAACAUGGCGGUAAUGGUGGUAAUGCAGGUACAGCACAUACAAACAACCUUUAUGUUAACCUUAUCGAUUUAAAUACUCUACAUCGUACUUGUAAUAUUGGCCAUUUCGAUAACACUGGUGAUGUUCUACUUGUACUGCAAACACGGAAAGCAAUGUAGAAGAAGUAGAUUGCAAUAUAAUAUACUUAACGUUUUUAGAAGAAACGAUGGACAAGAAAUAAUCUUUGCUAAUCCGACCGAAGAAUUCGAGUUAAAAUGAUGACCUGUACUGAUUUCGAAAAAUAAAUUGUUGGUAGAUUUUAUAUUAUUUCUUAAAUAGAAUUUACUACCCCGUAUACAUACCUACCUGUAAAUGAUUGUAACGAAGCAAAUUUUCGC